AACCGGGAAAAUUGCGUUUUUUUGUGUGUGUAAUAUGAGGUGAAGAAUCGCAAUUUAUGAUUCCAGUAUUGUCAGAUUUUAUUGCUGAUUUGAAAUGUGUUCUUUGAUCGUAAUAUUGACCAACCGUUUUUGAGAUUUUGGUCUUUCUACAUUCAAGUAGAUAGGAGCUGCACUGGCAUGACUGGACAUAGCUUCCCGAGAGCGUUCCUAAAAUGGCCGACAGUGGACUGACUUGCUAACUUUCUAGAAAGACUUUGGUCAAAAUGCAGCGGAAUGUUGCCUUUCGAAGGAGUAUAAAUAAAGAGCCGGAUAAUUUGAAUUUAAAGGUACAGGAUGGAGCUCCCAAACUACAGCCGCCAGCUAAUGCAACAGCUGCAUGCUUUACGAAAAGAGGAGCAGUUUUGCGACUGCUCCAUCCUGGUGGGAGAAACCCCUCACCCCGCUCACAAACUAGUUCUGGCUGCCUCCAGCAUGUUAUUUAAGUCUGCUCUAGAGAGUUCUGACAGCAUUUCCAUUGACACAGAUUUACUGUCCUCUCAAGAGUUUUCUUGUAUUCUGGACAUGGUAUAUACUGGUAAACUGCCUCCUGGAAAACACAACUUCACACGACUCAUAGCUGCUGCCGACAGCUUGCAGAUGUUUGAUGUGGCAGUUGGUUGUAAGAACAUUCUCACCGACCUUAUGAAGCAAACUUCUGAGACUGUAGAUGCUGAGACAGAGUCUGUGGACUCUCAAGUUAUAAAACUUGACCGUGCUGAGGGGAGUCCUGAGAACUUAAAGGAGUCAUCUGGAUUGGAACAGUUGAAAAGGGACGAGAAGAAUUUUCAGGAGGAUGGUGCAAUUGAGUUUAUAUCUCAAAAUCAAGCUGGUAUUAAAAAGAUCCUACAGAGUGUACGGCCAUGUAUUAAGGUUCUUGAGACUUGGGACACAGUCGCUGCAGAGGAACGCCAGGUCAUGUUGGAUAGUUUUAAAGGAGAUCCAUCAGAAGACGAGGUGUGUCAGCGGUUGCUGAGUUUAGUUAAGGAUGAGAGAGUUCUGUCAGCUCAAACGGUCCUUACAUUGCUAGACCAGCUAAAACAGCAGCAAAAUCCUGAUCCAGGAUCAGUCCUGGAGCACCAGGGACAUGAGAGCUGCCCAAAAGGUCCUGCGGCUGGUUUUUGGCUUUCUGGUGGACUUUUAGAUCAUAUAUCAAAGCUAACUAGCCACCUCUCCAGUGUCAACAAUCUCUCAGAGCUUUUGACCAAUGCAGUGAAUGACUGUAAAAAUGAAGUUGAAAAAGAGGUUGUGCUGGAGUGCUGUAGUGCUCCGUCUUCUAUGGAGGUUGCGGAAAGGUUGAUAUGUAAACUCAGAGAGAAAAGCAUAAGUGAAGAAACACUUCUAAUGCUGCUUCAUGAGGUCAAAGGAAGCUCCUCAGAUCUGACUCAACUUUUGGACACCCUGAAGGACACAAGAGCAUCUAUAUUUAAAAGAACAUCUCAGUCAGUCUCAAACCAUCAUGCAAACUCUGAGGUGGAACAAGAAGGAUCUACGGCAGACUCUGAGGAUGAGGAGGAGGAAACCUCUAAAACCAGAGGAAGAAAGAAGGCCGUUCUUGUGUCUUACACCUGCGAAUGGUGUAAAAAGACUUUCGACUUUAAGUGUCGUCUGAUAAAGCAUAAGAAAGGUUGUGCCCUCUCGCCGGGUAGAGAGCAGCGCUGCUCAGAGUGUUCCAUGGCUUUUCCAACUCUGAAGAGUCUUCACCAGCACUGCAUCGAAGCCCACGGCAGCCUACCGGCCAAACAGAGGAAAACUGAACAAGUGUCAUGUGACAUGUGUGACAAGACCUUUAAACAUUCUUCAGGCCUGUUAUAUCAUAAACGCACUGAACAUUUCGAGGAGAGGCCAUAUGCAUGCGAGGAGUGCGGGGCGAAGUUUGCUGCCACCUCAUCUUUGAAGAACCACAUGCGUCUGCACACAGGAGAGAAACCCUUCCAGUGCAAACACUGUGACAUGAGCUUCUCCGUUGCCGCCGCUCUGUCCUACCACACCAAAAGGAAACAUGCUGAGGGUAAAAUGUACUGUUGUCAGUAUUGUUCUGCCUCAUUUGCGCAGUCCAUUGAACUGACACGUCACGUCCGCACACACACGGGAGACAAACCAUACGUCUGCAAAGAGUGUGGGAAAGGCUUCAAUCAAGCCAACAGACUGUCUGUACAUCUUCAGAACUUUCAUAACAUCACAGAACCUCACGAUUGUCAGAAGUGCCGGGUGAGCUUCUCUUCGCUGGACGAAUUACGACAGCACAUUCAGGAAGUCCAUCCGAAAGAGCUGCACCAGUGUCCUGAGUGUAGCAAGAUCUUCAACAGUAAAGCCAAUCUGGAGAAACACAUGAAUGUUCAUGAAGGCAACAAACCCUACAGCUGCAAGGCAUGCAAUAAGUCCUACCAGACACUCUCUGGCCUGUGGUACCACAAUCGUACUGCCCACCCCGAGAUUGUCUUUGCCCAGGGCAACAAACCCAUCAAAUCCCUGCUCCAUUGCGACAAGUGUGACAAGACUUUUAGCAACCAAAAUAGUCUGUUAAAACACCAAAUAACCAAUCACACAGAGGUGCGUUUGUGGAAGUGUGUGAAUUGUGGCAGAACUCUGACGAGCGAACAGGAGUUACAGCAGCACACCUGCAGUGGACAGUCAAGUCAGGGCAGCUCUUUGUUUAGCUGUAUGGUCUGCUCUCUCCACUUUCCCUCAGAGCCAGAGUUCCAGCAACACUUCCUGUCCAAACACUUGCAGGUCAUACAGGAGGAAGCGCAGUCACAGGCCUCCAGCUCGCAAAUGGUGAUUCAGUGUGAGGAUGCAGUCGGUCAAGAGGCUGAGCAAGUGAUUAGCCUCAGCCAAUCCCAGAUUGAGGAGUCACCGCAGGUGUUUGUCGCUCUUGGUGAUCAACAGGAAACCCCUGCUGGCUCAGGAAUCGUGGCUGUCAGCAUGGAAGAUUUACUGAACGGCACUGUAACUUUUAUUUGUGAGGAGGAUCAGUGAAAUGAACUACAAUCCAAAUAGACAGAAAACUACUGUCAGUUAAGCACUCAUACAAUGCAAUAAAAUAUCUAAACAUCCUUGAAGCAAGAUACAUUUACUGAGAAUCAAAUUAAUAUUUGAUUCUCAAGUUUUCAAAGAAAUCAAUCAAAAUUCAAUGAGGUUUAUGCUUAAAACUAAACAAAAAAAAUUGCCAAUGGGGUAAUAAAAACAAACUUAAUUCAAUGGGAAAAUACAUUUUAUACUUCACUGGUAAAUUGUUUUUCGUUUUAACUUUCAAGCAUAAAUCCCAUGCAUUUUUGUUGGAUUUCUGUUAAAACAAGACUUAAUAUCUUAUGUAAUUUUGCUUCUGAAAUGAAUGUUUUAAGGAUGUUUAGAUGGUUUUACAGGAAAACAAGACCAAAAUACUGAUCGAAAAAAUUCAUAAUAAGAGCUAAGCAUACAUAAGCAGGUAAAAUCCAUCAUGUUAAAAAAAGGCUCAAGAUCACAUGUCUCUGCCAUUAGUGCAAUCUUAAUAUAUUUUUGACCACUGACUGAGUAGGUUUUAUUGAAAGUGUUCUGAGGAGCUCAAACAGAGUUUAGAUGAGCAAACAGCCAUUUCAAUUUGUUAUCAAAGCACAUAUCUACAUCUGCUUUUGAGUGUUAUGUACAUAGAUGUUUUUGGUGUUUCUGGUGUGUAAUGAUAAGUAAGACUUUGGACCAUUUCUAAAUGCUUUACUAUUGUGGCUCUAAAAAAUUAUCUUAUAUAAAUUAUUUUGUGACUAG